AUGUCUCAACCCUCCUCCUCCUCCUCGCGCAAAGACCUCCCCGACCCCGCCGCAAAAUGGGGCAUAACCCCCUCCACCUCGCCCCCCAGCUACACCCCGCCCGAGUCCUCCUACACGCCCGCGCAACAAGCCGAGCGAGAGAAACUCCGCGCGAAGGGGAUCAAUCCGGAUUUGAAGGCCGAGAUGGAUAGUAAGGUGUUUGGGAAGGGUGAGCCGGUGGAUGGGAGUAAGAAGGGAAAGAGUAAGGGGUUUUGGAAUAUGGUUGCUGGGACGGCCGGGGGUGGGGGGUGGAUUAAGUGA